AUGAAAGAAUUCAGUAUAAAGAGGCAUUACUCAACUAAGCAUGCUACACAGCACUCACUGACAGGACAAUUAAGAACAGACAAAAUCCAGAAGCUUAGAGCAAAUAUUGAAAAACAGCAACAAAUGUUUCAUAAACAAAGAACACAACUUGAUAAUGUUGUGAAAGCUAGUUUUAUAGUUAGCUCGAAAUUGGCAAAGGCAUUAAAACCAUUUGCCGAAGGAGAAUUUAUCAAGGAGUGUAUGUUAGAAGUUUGCGAUGUUUUGUGUCCUGAAAAGAAAAAUGAAUUUGUUAGUUUGUCAAGACGAACUGUUGUUGGACGUAUAGAAAUGAUGGUUAAUGAUAUAAAAACAACAUUGACUGACCGUAUGGCUGGUUUUGAAUCAUUUUCCAUAGCAUUAGACGAGAGCACCGAUUUGUCUGACACAGCUCAAGUGGCUAUAUUUAUUCGAGGUAUUGAUAAGGAGUUCACUGUUACUGAGGAAUUGCUAGCUUUACAGCCGCUAGAAGCAACCACUACAGGAGAGGAUAUUUUUAAUGAAGUUCAAAAGGUAUUCACAAGUAUUGGCCUGCCAUGGUCAAAAUUAAUUGGAGUAUGCACUGAUGGUGCACCUUCUAUGGUCGGCUUACGAAAAGGUUUCAUCGGAAUGUUUCAAUUUAUUUGCUAUUCCUACAAAAUGUAA